ACCGUGUCCACUCGAGUCCUUCCGGAGAAGCUGAUUUUUCGUUGUCGUCGUCUCCCUCGUCCUCCUCUCCGUGUUGUUGUUCUCGGUGACGCGACGGAGGUGUAGCCUGACGCGGUCUCUUACGUGUCGGUCUGAAUAAAAGUGGAGCUCCGUAGACCCGGGAGUGACGAAGCGAGUCCGUGUUGCCAGAUUUUAAAUGACCAUGGAAGCGGCUGCAGACACACAGCAAAGUGGUGAAACGGCUGUUUCGGAGUCUGAGGCCCAGCAGAUCACCUUGGCACAGGCAUCCAUAGCAGCAGCCCAGGUGUCCUCCAGUAGUCCCACAGUCACUCUUGUCCAGUUACCCAAUGGUCAAACAGUCCAAGUGCACGGUGUGAUCCAAGCCGCUCAGCCUUCGGUCAUUCAGUCCCCACAGGUACAGACGGUACAGAUUUCGACUGUCGCUGAGAGCGAGGACUCUCAGGAAUCUGUCGACAGCGUGACAGAUUCUCAGAAGAGGAGAGAGAUUCUGUCCAGGCGGCCUUCCUACAGAAAGAUCUUGAAUGACUUAUCAUCAGAUGCUCCGGCAGUGCCUCGAAUUGAGGAAGAGAAAUCAGAAGAUGACUCAGCCCCUGCUAUCACCACGGUCACCAUGCCCACUCCCAUAUAUCAGACCAGCAGUGGCCAGUACAUUGCCAUUACCCAAGGUGGAGCCAUUCAGCUGGCCAAUAAUGGCACGGAUGGAGUGCAGGGCCUGCAGACGCUCACCAUGGCCAACACUGCUGCAGCCCAGCCUGGCGCCACCAUCCUGCAGUAUGCUCAGACCAGCGACGGGCAGCAGAUCCUCGUGCCCAGUAACCAGGUGGUCGUGCAAGCUGCUUCUGGUGAUGUCCAGGCCUAUCAAAUCCGCACAGCCCCCACUAGCACCAUCACUCCUGGGGUGGUCAUGGCAACUCCACCCACAAUCAGCGGAUCAGGAGCCACUGAGGAAGUUACACGCAAACGGGAGGUCCGACUGAUGAAAAACAGGGAGGCAGCCCGCGAGUGCCGUAGGAAGAAGAAGGAGUACGUGAAGUGUCUGGAGAACCGCGUGGCCGUGCUGGAAAACCAGAACAAAACCCUCAUUGAGGAACUGAAAGCCCUCAAAGACUUGUACUGCCACAAAUCAGAGUAGAAUACACCUGCCGGUGGUUUGACAGGUGAUCCCCAGCACUUGUGUACAGAGACUCAGCACAGAGCCAUGCAUCUGGAUGCCCCCUCCUCUUUUCUACUCUUCUGCUUUCUUUUUAAAAACUGCUGAAAAAUAUGUGAACGUGACUCACCAGGUAUGAAAAAACAAAAAAAGCCCCAUCCCACUUUGGUAAAUUGAAACUUUGUCCCAUUUGAGCAAUUUGAAAUCAACCAUCAGUUUUCCCCCAUUAAAAGGAUGAGGCGGUGCUCACAGUGAACGUGGAGGAGACUGCAACUUAAACAGGGUCUGCGUGGCAAGGUGACAGAGCAGGGAAACUAGCUGUUCUCGCCAAGGACACCACCGAAGGGAAGCAUUCCAGUCACUGGUGCCCGGACUACCUGGGCAACAUCACCAGCAAUGGGGGAACUGACCGCAAGCACCACCGAUAAUGAUGAUGAUGGAACUUUUUCUUUUUUUCUUUGGGAGAGUGUAACUUCACGUAAAACAUUUCUAUCUGUAACUCUCGAAUUAACAUCUGUUACUUAUUAAUGCUUCAAACUUAUAGGUGGCCUGUGUCUUGGACGUUUUUAUCUUUUAAGAUGUGUGUUUUGGUUUGUUCUGAAUUAGAUUAUGCUUCUACAAUGCCAUGUUUCUUUUUUUCUUUGUUUUACCCAAGUAUAUUUUUGCUUUUAUACAACGUGAACAAAAAGCUAACCAUUUAGUUGUAAAAUGGUUUUUUUCAUGUUAACUGCAGCACAGUGAGGAGAUGGUAGAAGUUGGGCAGCAGUGAAGUGGGUGGGGGGAGGGUCUUCUAACAGAGCCCUAGAAAUGUUUGACUUUUUGUCUUCAUUUUUUUUUAAGCUUCAGAAACAUUAAGUGGAAAAUUGCGUAAUGGCGUCCUGUUAAUUACCAGAGUUUGGUGGUAAAAACAAACAAAGGCAAAAUGGGCCUUCAACAGUACAGGAAGUGGGAAUAAUGGAUAAAUAAGCUGCUGCCCGUUUAUCAGAGAUUAUAUACUGUAAGCAAAACCUUUUUUUUUUUUUUCCCCCUCCAUAGACUCAUGGAUUAUUUUUGAACAAUAACCAAAAACUUAAUGAGCCUUACUUGUUAUGCAAUGAAAGAGUUUUUAAGCAGAAUUCAGAGACAAGUGGAUAAAGCACUGGAAUCAUGGAAUUAGAUCAUAGGGGGAAAUUUGCCAUACCGGGCCCCUCUGUGUGUCGAGGCCUCGGUCGCCGUCUCUUAAUUCUGUUUAUAGUUAUGAGCUAGCAUGUGCACUUUCUUUGCAUUUACAAUCCUUCAGCAUUUCAACGCUUUCUGGGUAAAUCUACCGCUCAUCUGCAGUUAAUCAAGUGCUGUUGCAUCAAUGUGUUUGAUCACUUGUUUUUUUUUUUUGUAAAUGGAGCAUCAAAGCUCACCAGAUACAACUCAACUGCACCCACUUUGUGAAAUGACUAUAAGAUCAGGUGGUGUUGGUGCAUUCUGAAAGAAAAAAUAUUUUUGUGAUAAUGGGAUGCCAUAUUGUAUUCUUUAGGUAUUAUGUAUAGUCAUGAUAUAGUAUGCUUUUUAUGUUGCUUCUCAUUUUUUUUUUUUUUUGUAUUCACUAUUUCUAAAUGUCAGCAACAACUUGUAUAAUAAUACAGUGCAUUACGUUAGAGCUAUUCAGAUAUGACACUUUUGGCAGCUGUUAAUAAAUAAAUGUGUUUCUGGUAAUCUGAUUUUAAAACAUUUUAUUUCAUAUAUUAAAACAAACAAAUGUU